CCUUCAAGUCCGAGAUUAUACACAUACAGAGAGCAAUGAAAGGCGUCCUUCUCUCUUCUGGUUUUGCAUGUUUAUAUUAAUCUAUAAAAGAUAGCUUCAGCAAAACCAUGCCUUAAAUCCAAGAGCAUAAAGAAGCAAAAAAGAAAAGAGUAGGUGGAGAGCGUAGGGUAAAGCAACAAAAGGAUGUUCUUUCUCACACACAGAUCCCUAUAGGAAUGCAUUGCCUCUCCGCCCAAUGCUCAUUCUAUUUCCUCGAUUUAAAGCCCCUUGCUUUCUUCAAAGACAGAGCGGGUUGUUUUGUUGGUAGUGUUGGUCAUAGGCUCUAAGUUUCUUUAUGAGACGGGUUAGACAUGAUUCUCUGUGCUGCUAGCAAACAAACAAAAUAUAUCCAGUUUCAAAGUGGGGGUGAAGCAAGGAUUUGUUGAAAUCAUUAGAGCCUUUUUUUUUCUUUUUCCUUCAAAUUUUCAAUCAUUUAGAGCAUUGGGUUUGAAAGAGGGGUGGAUUGAAGGUGAGGGUUGAGCGAAUUCCAUGAAUAAUGUUAAUGGCAACAACUGUGACUGGCUAGGCUUCUCUGUCUCCCCUAACGUUAGCAUGGAGCUUUCUUCUUCCUCUGCUACUGCUGUCUCCUCUUCAAUUCCUGCAAACCUUUUUCACUCCCCAUCACAAUUUAACUAUGGCAUUUGCUAUGGCGUUGAUGGAGAAAAUGGUGGCUUUUAUUCACCAUUGUCUGCCAUGCCACUCAAGUCAGAUGGCUCAUUUUGUUCAAUGGAAUCACUCAGCAGGCAGCAUCCACAAGUGGCGAGUAGCUCUACUCCAAAACUAGAGGAUUUCUUCGGUGGCGCAACUAUGGGGUCCCAUCACUAUGAAAGCAAUGGCAGGGAAGCUAUGGCUCUCAGCCUCGACAGCAUUUUUUGCCAUCAAAACCCAACUCAUGAGCCCAACAACCAACCCUUUGCGCAUUUCUCAUCCUUGAGAAGCCGUGAAGGGAUGCUUCAAGACUCGAAGGUAAUCCUGCCUGAUGGGUGCAAUCUGCAGCAGCAGCAGCACCCACCAGCAGUGAUAGAGACUAAGAAUUCUGGUCUGAAUUGGGCUGUUCCUAGGAACUAUGCAGUCGCUAAUAAUGGUUCGUUCGAGCAGAAGAUGGUGAGUUUCAUGAGUGAAAAUGGUGGAGAAUCUGGUCCCAUUAAUGCCAUGGCUUAUGGAGAUUUACAUUCAUUGAGCUUGUCCAUGACUAUGAGCCCUAGCUCUCAGUCAAGCUGUGUUACAGCCACACAGCAUGCUUCACCUGCCCUGGCAGACUGUUCUGCUGUGGAUACAAAGAAAAGAGGCCAUGAGAAGCUUGAUCAGAAGCAAAUUGUUCAUAGGAAGUCUUUAGACACUUUUGGACAGAGAACCUCCCAGUACAGAGGGGUUACAAGGCACAGAUGGACGGGUAGGUAUGAAGCACAUUUGUGGGAUAACAGUUGCAAGAAAGAAGGUCAAAGCAGGAAGGGAAGGCAAGUGUACCUUGGAGGUUAUGAUAUGGAAGAAAAAGCCGCCAGAGCUUAUGAUCUUGCUGCACUCAAGUAUUGGGGACCCUCCACCCAUAUCAACUCUCCUGUGGAGAACUAUCAGAAAGAAUUAGAGGAAAUGAAAAACAUGAGCAGGCAGGAAUAUGUCGCUCACCUCAGAAGAAGAAGCAGUGGAUUCUCAAGAGGAGCCUCAAUUUACAGAGGCGUAACAAGACAUCAUCAACAUGGAAGAUGGCAGGCUCGGAUUGGGCGAGUUGCUGGUAACAAAGAUCUGUAUCUUGGGACAUUCAGUACUCAAGAGGAAGCAGCCGAAGCCUAUGACAUAGCAGCCAUCAAAUUUCGAGGAAUGAAUGCGGUUACUAAUUUCAAUAUCACGAGGUAUGAUGUGGAGCGGAUCAUUGCAAGCAAUACCCUUCUUAGUGGCGAUCUAGCUAAGAGAAAGCAGCAGCCUGAGUUUGAUAAUGAAUCACUUAGACAAACCCCUCCUACUCACAACAGCAAUUCAGAAGCUCUUCAUUUGCCCACUCAGAGUAAUCAAAGUGAAUCAGAAUGGAAGAUGGCUCUUUAUCAGUCGUCGCAACAGCUCAUUCCAAAACCACGAUUGCCGUCUGCUAUAACCGAUGAUGGAUCACAACUCGGAGUCGAAGACUCGGCAAGAAUGGGAGCUCAUUUCUCCAAUGCAUCUUCAAUUGUGACCAGCUGCAGCUUUAGCAGCUCGAGGGAGGAGAGUCCAGACAAGACGAGCCUUUCAAUGGUGUUCGGAAUGCCUCAAUCGACGUCUAAGCCAUUUGCUACCUCUGGUAGUAAUAUGAACUCCUCCUCCUGGAUUGCAUCUGCCCAGCAGUUGAGGGCAGCAAAUUGUAUGAGCCAGUUGCCAGUGUUUGCUGCCUGGUCUGAUAGUUGAGGAAAAGAAUUUGAUAUUUACUGAUGUUAGUAGCAAGAACAGGAACUUCAACUUAUUUUAAACAAUAGAGAAAUGAAGUUCAAAUUGGAGUCUCCCUGUUGUAUCUCUAUCUCUCUGUAUUAUUGUCUUUGUUUUUCCUUUGUUAUCAAAGUCAUAAUUGAGCUCA